AGCAAACAUCACCACCUUAUGUUUUCUCACUACAUUUAUUGAUAAAUUCAUGUAAAGACAAACCUUAGCAUGAGAGAUUGUACAUAUUUUAUGAGAGCUAGGCUUAUCACAAGCCCAACAGCUUUUCAGCUCAGAGUUGAUAAAGAUGGAGAAGUUUGAGGUAGAGAAGAAGAGCGUGCACGAAAACGAAGAGCUCGAAACGAAACAAGAUGUCAAUGGCAAGAAGAAGAAGCAGCUCGGAGGCGUUAGAACAAUGCCAUUCAUCCUAGCAAAUGAGAUAUGUGACAAAUUUGCUGGUGCUGGCUUUCAUGCCAACAUGAUCACAUACCUAACUCAGGUGCUCAACCUGCCCCUUGUGAAGGCCUCCAACACCCUCACCAACUUCGGUGGCACGUCGAGCUUCACUCCCCUCGUGGGCGCCUUCAUAGCCGACUCCUUCGCAGGCCGCUUCUGGACCAUCAUCAUCGGCUCAAUCAUCUACUUGCUGGGAAUGAUUGCAAUCACAGUAUCAGCAGUGAUGCCUCAGCUGAGGCCUCCACCAUGUCCAAGCCAGGAGAAGUGCGAGGAAGCCUCGAACGCACAGCUCUCGAUCCUCUACCUCGCCCUCCUUCUAACCUCGUUGGGGACGGGUGGCAUUAGGCCGUGUGUGAUGACAUUUGCAGCCGAUCAGCUCGACAUGAGCAAGCAGAAAACAGAGUCUAGGAGCUGGAACUUCUUCAACUGGUACUAUUUCUGCAUGGCCACGGCCUCGCUGCUCGCUGCAACCGUCAUCGUCUACAUCCAAGACAACAUCAGCUGGGGCUGGGGCCUCGGCAUCCCAACAGCAGCAAUGGCGAUAUCUCUCAUAGCAUUCCUACUAGGCUCCUCAAUGUACAAGAAAAUCAAGCCAGAAGGGAGCCCCUAUGUUCGAGUGGUACAAGUCAUCACUGCAGCCAUCAAGAAACGGGGCGUCGCCGUCCCAACUGGCUCCCACGCCCUCUACGAGAACAGACACCUCGACGCUCCCAUCUCCUCCAACGGGAGGCUCCUCCACUCCGAUCACCUCAGAUGGCUGGACCGCGCAGCAGUGGUGGUGGGAUCAGAGUCAGAAGCAAAAGCAAAACCAAAUCUAUGGAGGCUAGCAACGGUCCAUAGAGUGGAAGAGGUGAAAACGAUGAUAAGACUCCUCCCAAUCUGGUCGACAGCGAUCCUCCACGUGGCGUCGCACUCCCAUCUAGGGAGCUUCACGAUCGUGCAAGCCCGAAGCAUGAACCGCCAUCUCUCACCAAAUGCAUCUUUCCAAAUCCCACCGGCAAGCAUGUCCAUCUUCAGCACCCUCACAGUCCUCUCCUGCCUCCCCCUCUACGAGCGCCUCUUCGUGCCCUUGGCCCGACGCUUCACCGCCCGCCCCACCGGCCUCACCUGCCUGCAGCGGAUGGGGGUCGGCUUCGGGAUCAACAUCAUCGCAACCACCGCGUCUGCUCUCAUCGAGAUCAAGCGCAAGUCCGCUGCAGCUCAUCACAACCUAUUAGACAAACCAACCGCGAUAAUCCCCAUCUCCGUUUUCUGGCUGGUCCCGCAGUACGUCCUGCACGGGCUCGCCGAGGUGUUCAUGUCGGUGGCGCACAUGGAGUUCCUCUACGACCAGUCGCCGGAGAGCAUGAGGAGCUCCGCCGCGGCGCUCUUCUGGAUCGCCAUCGCCAUCGGGAGCUACACGGGCACGCUCAUGGUGACGCUGGUGCACAAGUACACUGCUCAGACGGGGAACUGGCUGCCUGAUCGGAACCUCAACCGUGGGAAGCUCGACUAUUAUUACUGGCUUGCCACCGGAAUUCAACUCAUCAACUUGGUGUACUUUGUAAUAUGCGCUUACUUCUAUAAGUAUAAACCCUUGCAAGAGCUUACUCAUGAAGAACAAGACGUUGAAUCAACAUCUGCAGAUGCUAAGACUCAUCACGUGGAGAUGCUGACCAACUAGCUAUACAUGUUCACAUACUUUUAACAUUGCAUAUUGAUCAACCAAAUCAGACCCUUACUAUAAAACGCCUUAUAUAUGGGCGGUGUGAUCGAAUCGAGUUGAACGAAUAUUGGUGCAUGUGUUCAAGCUGCUUCGUUAUCGAGUCGAACCUGCAGCUUUAAUUAUCGAAUACCUCAAAGUUUAAACCCAAAUGAGAUUUUUAAAUUCGGAUA